CCUACCCCACUAGCUGUGAGCUGAGAUGUCCACCUGGUUAUCAUGUCAAUUAUCUUCCAACAUCAAUUUUGUCUGACUCAAGAUCCUGCUUGUUGAAUGGGACCUGGACGUACAGGGCAAUUACCCCGACAUGCUUAGAUUUUCAACCUCCUUCAUUUGGCAACAGCUGCCCGCUAGUUUUGGACUUUGACAACGACCCAGGAAAAAGCGUAGCCACAGUAACCUGGAACGUAAGUUGGACCGACAAUUCUUUAAUAGCGGACGAGUCAGGAAUAACCGUGGACAUGUUCACUGUGGUCUUGACGAUUAACGACAAGAACGUAGACACAACUCUCCCUAAGUUGAUCGGUAUCGGUACAAACAGUGUGAAGUAUGUAGUCACAGAUCCCGCAGGAAACUCCGGUUCGUGCUCCUUUACCGUUACUGUUGCAGAUACUGAGGCACCAACGUGUGGUUUCUGCCCGCCCGACAUCAACGUAGACAACGCUACCGAAAUCGAAAUCAGGGUUAAUUGGGACAGGCCCAAUUGUACGGAUAACUCUGGCAAUCCGCCGAACAUCUAUUCUAACAGACAAUCUGGUGAUCUUUUUGCUGUGCCAAGUACCAGCGAAGUUAUUUACACCGUAGACGAUGGCACGAACGUGAACAAAAACUGCUCAUUCAGAAUAACCCUCAAGAAGAAGACCUGCCCUUUGUAUGCGCCUCCGAAGAAUGGUGCUUUGAGCUGUACCGUAUUUGGAUCGGAUCGUUCGUGUAGCGUGCAGUGUCAAAAUGGAUUUGAUUUUGUUUUCAACCCGCCUCUCCUUUACUACUGUUCAGCUGGAGAAUGGAAAUUUUUUGGUUCUCAAAGUUAUACACAAGAUCUGCCCUGGCCCGAUUGUGCAGUGACUGCGAAUCCUUCUUUUGUAAAACUGAUUGGUGCCCCCGGGUUCUUUUACAAUGGAGACUGCAAUGACCCCAAUGUGCAAGAUGAGAUAAAAACAGAUUUCCUUACACUUCUAAAUUCCCAAUUUAUUCCCCCAUUCUUCUGCAAAGAUAAACCUGAUUGUAAAUCUGAUAACAUUGAAGUCCAAUGUGGCGAAAAAACAGCUGCGCAGAGAAGGCGGAGACGAAACUCGGAAAAGGUGGUAACUGUCAAAUAUGUAUACGUAAAAAAAGAUACUGGACUUACACCAGGAACCAAUGACCAAAGUGGUCAGGACAAAUUCAAUUUACAGAAAGAAGAGGUGGAGAAAGAAAGAACUCAAGUUGUGGACGGCCUCAAACAAGUCAAUUGGGUCGAAUAUAAGACAAACAGUGGUUUAGAAUUGAUUGACUAUAAUGUCGAUAACUUUAAUCUCGGACAUGCAGAAGCUUUUUGUUCAGACAAUGGUGCUGUGGUAAAGAAGUGCACUACAGCCGAUUAUAACUGUUUCCAACCACCUUGUAAAUGUGUCGGAGACACAGGAGAUGUCACCAAGUGCAGGUCAAGAACAAGAUGAAUUGGGGGGUGGCUUCAAUACCGAAGAAAACUUUAUCGGCGAUGUUAGUCAGUUGCACAUCUUUGACAGCGUCCUAUCCGCUACAGACAUUUAUAAUCUUGUAUACAGCUGUGAUUAUGUCAAAGGAAACGUUGCAUCUUGGGGAGACUUCAGAGAAAACCUAGACGGAGAAUAUCAUAUAACCGACAAGUCAUACGCUUGUGACUUCAACGCCGCUCAGAGAAAAUUCUCUCUGACUUACAACUCAUAUAUAUCUGGGAGCGACGAUAAAACGGUGGAGAACACCUCCCCGGAAGCCUGCGCUUCGUCAUGUUUGUCAGAAGCUUCGUUCAUCUGCAGAUCCUUUGAGUUUGACAACUCAACCAACAGAUGUGCCAUGAGUAGCAAGUCAUCUCAUAACAAUGGACUUGCAAGUGCAUCGAAUUAUCGAUUCUUUGAGUUGAACUGCCUUAACAGUGUUGGUGUAGGAGCUGACAGUCGCAUCCCCGACUCUGAUAUGUCGGCAUCAUCGGAGUAUGCUGCCACCCACGCCGCCAAAUUCGGUCGUCUAGAUGCGCAAACUCAGCAAAAUGCAGCAGGACAGAUCGAGGAGAACGGCGGUUGGGCUGCCAAAGACAACAAUGGUAACCAGUACCUCCAAAUCAAAUUUAGCGAGGUCUUGCAGAUAUCAGGGGUGAUAACCCAGGGAGCAAGCGAUGCUGACCAGUGGGUGACGAAGUACAAACUUGAAUACAGCAGCGAUGGAUCAACUUGGACUUACUAUCCUGAUACCCUUAAUGGCAACAGCGACCGCAAUUCUGAGGUCCGCAAUGAGGUCAAAUUGUUCCAAGCCAUGUAUCUUCGAUUCAGACCACAGGAAUGGCAUGGCCAUAUAACGAUGAGAGUAGACGUAAAUGGUUGUCCAUUGCCGACAAACUGUAGACCAAUCGGUGCACCACUUUACGGCUCAAAGUCUGGUUCCAAUUACAACGCUGGAAGUACAAUCUCGUUUAGUUGUGACCCAGGAUAUUCUAUGCGGGGAUCAUCGUCCAGAACAUGCCAGGAAGGCGGAUGGACUGGCUCCAACCCAAGAUGUUCAGAUACGGAUGAGUGUACCAAUAGUCCAUGUAACCAGUUUUGCACAAACACUCACGGUGGAUACGUUUGCCAUUGCCAUAAAGGAUAUGAGCUUUCAGGAAAUACCAACUGUGUUGAUAUCAACGAAUGCUCCACUGAUAACGGAGGCUGUUCCCACUCUUGUCACAACUCUGCUGGUUCAUUCUCAUGUUCUUGUCCAAGCGGGCUCGCACUGGAUUCUGGCAAAAGGAGCUGUCAGGAUGUCGACGAGUGUGCUACUAACAAUGGUGGUUGUGAACAUUCUUGCGUCAACACAUUCCAGUCCUUCACCUGUGUAUGCAGACAGGGAUACACUUUGGCUGGGGAUAAAAAGAACUGCCAAGCAAUUUCAUGUCCAAAUUUAAGUAACCCUAGCAAUGGAAACGUGGCAUCUGNUAAAACCCCUACCUGCUCACGUGUCUUUUGUGCGGAGAUCGGAGAGGUAGAAAACGCCAAUCCAGUUACUUUAACUGGGAAAGAUGCUGGAAAGAAUGUUCUUAAUACCAAAGCAACUUUCUCCUGUAAAGCAAACUACGCUAUGGUGGGUGACGCAGUCAGGACGUGUCAGCAAGAUGGAACAUGGAGUGGGACCCAACCCAGAUGUAUUGCUUCCUUCUGUAGUCCAGUACCAGUCCCUGCUAAUGGCGCGGUUCAAGGCUAUCGGUAUGAGCUGGGUGCUACUCUUCGCAUCACUUGCAACGAGGGCUACAAUAUGGUACCAGCAAGUUCUGCAUUUAGGACUUGCAUUUCAGAUGGCAAAGGAGGAGGACAAUGGUCAGAAACAGAUCCUGUCUGCGAAUUGGUAGAUUGUGGUGACCCAGGCAACCCUUACGGCGGAUACCGUCACCUGGCCUCUAACUCUAACACUAAGUACCAGGCUACGGUAACCUACACAUGCAAGGCAGACCAUCAUUUGGAGGGAGAGGAAAGCCAAACUUGUCUGGCUAACGGAAUAUGGAGUGGAUCAAAACCUGUUUGCUUAGAGCGAUCCUGCGGUAACCCUGGUACUCCUGCUAAUGGUAAGAAGGACUCGACCAACUACAAGUAUGGAUCUGUCAUUAGUUUUAGCUGUGAUGUUGGUUACACUAUGGUGGGAUCCCAAACCCGGACGUGUCAGACAAAUGCCAAAUGGACUGGAACACAGCCUACGUGCCCAAUCGUUAGCUGCGGUGAUCCUGGUGCGCCGGAUAAUGGCGUCAGAUACGGAACGACAUUUACCUAUCAGAGCGUUGUAAUUCUCGAAUGUGAUCCCCAGUACAAACUUGUUGGAGACCUCACUAGAACCUGCCAAGCAAAUGGACAGUGGUCUGGAUCCCAACCCACAUGCCAAUUAACGAACUGCGGCACAUUUUUAACCGGACCAAGCGGCACUGUCACUUCAAAGAACUAUCCUGGAAAUUACAACGACAACGAAUACUGCACAUGGCAGAUUCAAGUUCCAGUGAACAAGAAAAUCAGACUCGACUUCACUGAAUUUAAGACGGAGACUGGUAAAGAUUUCUUGCUGAUCUACGAUACAAGUCGCUAUGACAGGCCGAUUAUCACAUUUGACGGAACUACCUACAAACCACCGCCGUUUACCUCAUCUGGAAAUGUCGUACGAAUUCGAUUCAUUAGUGAUGGAGCUACCAAUAGGAAAGGAUUUAGUUUCAACUACAAGCAAGUCGACAUAGAUUGCGGAGGCGUAUACGAAGAAGGAAGUGGCACCAUCAACUCCCCUGGUUACCCCAACGGUUACGCCAUUAAUCUUGAUUGUAUGUGGCUACUUUAUCGCGCCGUGGAAUUUCCUGAUUUUAUCUUCACUGAAUUCCGAACAGAAAGUAACUACGAUCUCGUGACAAUAUCCAGCGGAAGAUUUGCCGAAAAUGUGCUGACGAAUGGUUGGGGAGGGCAUGCCAUUCCAGCGGGUUCCUUCUAUGACGACUCCUCGCACUACCUGUGGAUACGAUUUACCACCAACGGCGGAAAUGGGGACGGACGAUUCCACCCUGGGUGGACUGGGAAGUACCAGAAAUACUAUCCUUAUGUUAACAAGAAGAAGAGAAGAAAGUAAAGCGGCAAACAGAAAUGGGGCGUCUCCCCAUUACAAUUAAGGUGCAAAUGAAAAGAAAAUGAUAUGUAAUACAUAGAGGUAAUAAAGGUUCAACCAAAACAUA